GCUGAUUUCUUCUCUUCGCUUGCUUUUGUUUUUGUCAUUUUUCCACGUUUGAUUCUCUAUUAUUGUUCAUAUUGUUGUGAGUAAUUUUCUUGUUAAUUAUGAGUCUAUUUUCUCGGACAACUUAUGACAAAAUGCAUAAAGUGGCCCUCACUGGUUUGAUCCUUUUCAGUGGCGUUGCUUUUUUCGACUGUGUCUUCACAUUUGCUGGCGUUCUUACAGUAAGGAAGGAACGUAUUGCCAAGAUUCAAGAUACAAAGCCAGAAGACAUUAUUAUUUAAUUCUCGAUUCUCCAUUGGAUUACCUUUGUUUCUUCUAGCAUUAUUAUUAUUUAGUUAACCCUUGUACUGUUAAAUAUUCACCCCAACAUUCACGCCAAAUUUAAAUCUCUCCGUGGACAAAAUAAUUUAAUUUAUCCGCCAUUUGUUAAUAUUCUGCUGCAGCCAAUAUCAACUGUUUGGUCUUACUGUGUGUACACAUCUUUUUAAGUUUAUUCUUGAAAUUGGCUUCUCACUUCAAUUGAAAAUGCCAGAUCCUGUUCUAUCCGAUUACUGGCAGUAUAAUUUUCCUCCGUUUUUUACCAUUCAACCAAAUUUAGAGACUAGGAAAGCUCAACUAGAAGCAUGGUCUUCUCUGAUUCUCAAUCAUUGUAAAAAUAAUCGUAUCUUCAAGAUUGAUCUUAAAAAGGCCUUAACAGAACCACCCUUUCAAAAUGCAUCCAUUUCUAGAGGUUUAACUUUGGAUGGUUUGAUCACUAUUUUUGAAAACAUGAAGGAAAAAGGUGUUGCCGAUUGGUCAGAUAAAAAUAAAUCCAGUGUUUUCAUCUAUUGGAAUACUCCGGAAGCAUGGGCAAAUCUAAUCUACCAUUGGGUAUACAAUGUUGGUUACAUCAAUAAUGUUUGUACUCUUUACGAGAUUGUUUCAGGUGAUGAAACGGUAAAAGAGCCAUUCCAUGGACUUGAUUAUGAAGUGCUCAAAAAAAGUCUCCAAGUGUUAGAAAAGCAAGGAAAAGCCACAAUAAUAAGUUUAGACGAUAAUGGUGGUGUUAAAUUUCUAGGAUAAUUGGAAGUAUUCUGUUGUACUCGAAUUUAUUCAAAAGAUCAAGAAGGAUUGAGUUGCAUCAAAUGGUUUCUUUGGAUAAGUUCAUUUACUUGAACUUAUCAACAUAAUUAUUUGUAAUAACAAUACCAGUUAAAAACAUAAAGCGUGGAGAACAAUGAUAAUUUCAACUGUACAAAUGAAACAAACAAAAGAGGAUAGUAAAUAAAUUUAAUAUGUUGAACUGAGAAAUUGAA